AUGCUGCCUUGCAUCGGAAAACUGUGCCUCGAAUCCUUUGCUAUUCUCGAUGGUCAAGACAGACAUGUUGUUCUGGCUCCUGAUCUCCCUACAUGGGAUGACAAUCAGCCUCCGCAAUACCGCAAAUCUCAUAGACAUCCCUACCGUCUUCGUCGUCUCCCUGACACUAACCCCUUUCCAGUCGAGUUGCAAGUAGGACGUGGACUACCACAAAUUCACGUCGACUUAUCUCAUCCCGUGCCAUCCAUCGUCCUGUCAGGGGAAGUCUCGGCGCCUGUUCGGGCAGCGACGUGGCGCAUUCACUGGCCCGAAAUUUGUCGCGGCACCUGCGCCUGUGUCGGCGUGUCGAUCCAUCCAAAUACCCCAGGUUCGCCAGUUGAUCGCCUGCUCUACUGCGAUCUCGCGCACUGCUUGCUCAGUGAGGCGGAUGCUCGGGCUUAUGUCGUCGGUCUGCCAGCUGCUGACUUUACAAUGACUCUGGCAGUUCGUUGGACCGGUCGCCGCCUUCUUGAAGCCUUGCUAACCUACCACUUCGCUGACCUGCCGCCGAGUGCAGCGCGUACGCUCCGUCGAGAGGUCUGGUUGGAGCGACGGGAUGCUCCCAGUCUGACUCUUUCUCCCUUCAUCUCCACUGCUUGGGGAUUCGCUGAGGUCGAUAUGCGGUUUGUAGGUUUCCUGAGGCACGACGUCCUUGAGCUUAAGACCCUCUGCCGGUGGCGAGUUUUGCAGCAACUUAUGACCGUAAUCCAAUCGAGCAAGGAGCGUGGUGAAUUUGAUGUUUGGUCAAACAUAGAACAACGUGUUAAAGAGCUCCAAUUCCCGAAGACUAUUCAAAAUCAACUUUAUCUGUCUAAGUAUGUAAUCUCUGUUUUAGAAGGAUCUAUGGAGACUUAUCAGGAAACGCAUAAUGCGUUGAGGAGGACUUCUCUGUCGACAACUAGGGCUGAUUUUGGAAAGCAGUGCAAUUUCUCUGACCGUGCUUCCGAAAUACACGCUGAUAUUCCACCAAAUCCGGAGUUAGCUGAAAAAUUUAUCUUAAGAAAUCCUGUUUCUCGCGGUAUUCAGCAUGCAAGUGAAAUGUCAGAACAUGAAGUUAAUACGGAGCGCGUUUUAUCCGAGGUUCGAGGUAUCAAUCACACAGAAGGUGGAUGGCCAAAAGAUGUUAAUUAUAACGAACCUGAACAAGUUCAACGAUAUAGGAAAAAGAUUGAAAAAGACGAACUUUAUACAGUCACGCUUCAUGCUUUAGCCAGCUCAGUUGAACACUGCAUUAAGCAAAAUAAUGCACUGAAUAUCUAUGAAGAAUAUUUCAAUGACAUUGAUUAUGAUGCUUCUGAAGAACCGCCCUCAGCAAGAAUUGUAAAUGUUUUUCGUGACAUAAAUGAUAUCAAGCGGACUGCAGCUUAUGUUAGCUGGUUCCCAGAGGGACCAACUAAAAUUGCCGUUGCAUAUAGCAACAUUGGCUUUUUGGAAAAUGGUGCAGAUGUAUCCACGGACUCCUACAUUUGGGAUUUCUCAAAUCCAAACAGACCAGACUUAGUUCUUUCCCCUCCUUCAUCUCUAGUUUGUGUUGAAUUUAAUCCAAAAGACUCGCAUACUCUAGUGGGAGGAUGUCAUAAUGGACAGUUAUGUCUUUGGGAUCGUCGUAAGGGCUCCCUUCCGGCCGAACUCUCACCAGUCGAAAACAGUCAUAGGGACCCUGCCUGGCAAGUAAUCUGGAUUCAAUCUAAGACGGGCACCGAGUUUUUUUCCGCCAGCACCGACGGUCAAGUGCUGUGGUGGGAUGUGCGUAAGAUGAAUGAGCCUACCGAAAUCCUCUAUUUGGAUCCUACAAAGAAUCAGGAACUCAAUUGUUCUGUUGGCGCCUAUGCCCUAGAAUAUGAACCCACUAUUCCCACCAAAUUCAUGGCUGGUACGGAACAGGGGAUGAUAAUUUCUUGCAAUAGAAAGGGAAAAUCUCCUGCUGAGAAGGUGGCUGCAGUGUUUUCAGGACAUAAGGGACCUGUUUAUGCGUUGCAGCGAAAUCCCUUCUUCACCAAGUUUUUCCUCUCCGUGGGUGAUUGGUCAGCUCGUAUUUGGUCGGAGGAUAUGAAAGACGACCCCAUAAUGUGGACGCCCUACCACGAUUCGGGAGCUACUGAUGGACGCUGGAGUCCAGUUCGUCCGGCAUUGUUUUUUAUGACAAGAUUGAAUGGAUGUCUGGAGAUUUGGGACUACGUCUUCAAGCAGCGCGAACCUGCGCUAACUAUCAAGGUCUCGGAUGAUUCACUUCACUGUGUCCGAGUCAACGAAGAGGGUCAGCUAGUCGCCGUAGGCUCUCAUUCCGGGGUUACGACCAUCCUUGAGCUGUCUGACGGUUUCACUACUGCAGCCAAGAACGAGAAGGCCACAGUGGGCGCCAUGUUCGAACGGGAGACACAUCGCGAGAAAAUCCUUGAAACGCGAGCCAAAGAACUGCGAGUGAAGGAGAAACAGCGUGCCAUGGCAGAGGCAGCAGCUGCAGGAGCUCCACCAGUUUACACUCAGGGCUCACGACCAUUUGAAGGCGCUACUGAAAAUGCGGAGAAGGCAGAGAAGGCAGAAGUGGCGGAUGGGGAGACGUUAGUGAAGCAACUUAAAUUUCUGGUAGAAGUCAUCAGGAAAAUCACCAGCGAGCAGAAAAUGGAGAACAAAGUGUGA